AUGGAGGCCGCCGACCUCCUCCACGGCAACGGGAAGAAGCCGCCGCCGCCGCGGCGCCGGCGGUGGUGGCAGUGCAGCACGACGGCGGUCACGCUGCUCAUGUUCCUGCUCACCAACACCGUCUCCAUCGCCGUGUCCUCGGGGGCCGGGCCCACCCUCCUCCGCCGCUACAGGCCCGCCACCAUCCGCCUCUGGGACGGCUCCGCGGCGCUGCUCGCGGACCUCAACGCCACGCAGGCCGUGCUCGACGCCAGCCGCGCCGAGCUCGCGGGGCUCUACGCCCGCGUCGGCACCGCCAACGAGCUCCUCCGCACGCUCCUCGACGCCAUGGCGGCGCGGGACGGCGCCACGGAGCAGCAGCGGGAGCUCCUGGCGGCCGGCGGCUGGGAAGGGUGGAAGCGCGAGCUCGCCGGGGAGCUGAAGCUGGCCGUCGGGCCACUACACUUGCUGACGAACGCCAGACACGGCCGGAACGCCACCGGCGACGAGGCGGCCGUGUUCCCGGCUCUGGGCCACGCGUGCGUCCGCGUCCAGGACGACCUGGAGCGCUACAUGGCCUACACGCCCGGCGGGGAGUGCCCGGCCGACGAGGCGCUGGCGCACCGGCUCAUGCUCAGCGGCUGCGAGCCGCUGCCGCGGCGCCGGUGCCGCCCGCCAUCGCCCAAGGGGUACGCGCACCCGCUGCCGCUGCCGGGGAGCCUCUGGGCCACGCCGCCGGACACCAGCGUCGUCUGGGACGCGUACCCGUGCAAGAACUACUCGUGCCUGCAGGCGAGCUCCUCCUGCGACGGCUGCUUCGACCUGCGCCGCGGCCGGGAGAAGGCCCGGUGGGCGCGCGACGACGGCGCGCUCUCCUACUCCAUCGCCGCCGUGCUCGCGGCCCGGCCCAACGGCACGGUGCGCGUCGGCCUGGACCUCGGCGGCGGCGCCAGCGGCACGUUCGCGGCGCGGAUGCUGGAGCGCGGGGUCACCGUGGUGACCGCGGCCGUGAGCGCCGGCGCGCCGCUCAACAGCUUCAUCGCGUCGCGGGGGCUCGUCUCCGUGCACGUCAGCGCCGCGCACCGGCUGCCGUUCUUCGACCGCACGCUCGACAUCGUGCACGCGGCGGGCGGCCUCGGCGGCGGACCGGCAGUAACCGGCGUGAUGCUGGAGUUCGCGCUGUUCGACGUGUACAGGGUGCUGAGGCCCGGCGGCCUGUUCUGGCUGGACCACUUCCCCUGCUCCCACGCGCAGGUCAACGCGACGCUCGCGCCGAUGCUCGGUCGCGUCGGGCUCAAGAAGCUCCGGUGGAACACCGGCCGGGGAAAGGAGAAGAACCAGUGGUACAUCUCGGCGCUGUUGGAGAAGCCAAUGGCAUAAAAAAAAUGUGGUUAUAAUAAUCCUAUUCUUAUUAUGUAUUCUUACUUCGUUUCUACUACUGGCCUCUGACACU